ACACAAACCUAUCUCACACCCUCUUCGCCGAACAAACCUCAUCUCACGCCCUCUUCCUCGACGAGCCCACCACCGGGCUCGACAAUGCCGCCUCCUUCUUCGUGGUGGAGAUGCUGAAGCACAUCGUGGUGGACAAAUGCACCAGCACGCAGCACAAAUGCAAGGCCUGUGACAAGACUGUCUACCUCGUGGAUCAGCUCACCGCCAACGGAAUCGUCUGCCAUAAGUCCUGCUUCAAGUGCAAUCAUUGCAAAGGAACCCUCACGCUAAGUACAUAUUCAUCCAUGGAAGGUGUUUUGUAUUACAAGCCUCACUUUGAACAACUCUUCAAGGAAUCUGGCAACUUCCACAAGAAUUUUCAGUCAUCUACAAAAUCUGCUGAUAAAGCUCCAGAACUGAAGCAAGCCAUUUAUAAAUUAGUCAAGUGCUAAAGGAAGAUGAGACUAGAGGUGACUCCUAACAAUGAGACUCUUAACUUUGCCCAUCUCUACAUUCGCCAAGUGUGAGCAUCUCCCUAGUGGAAGAGAGGGACAUU